CGGCAGCCCGGAGCUAGAAGCUGCUGCAGGAUUUCAGGAGACGAGGCUUCCCUGCACCGCUUCGCCCCUCAAGAGCGGGAGAAUCUCGGCGACCACCUCCCCCUGAGGGCGGGGCCGGGACUGGGGAGGAGCCAAUCACGGCGCAGGCCCUGGGCGGUGCUGCGCAGCGGCGAAUCGGAGCGCAGCGGCGCUGGUCUCCAGUAGCGCGCGUGAAUUUGAACGCCCUGGCCGAGCGCCGGGCUCCCGUGAGGAGAGUCGUGGGCUUCCUGAGGUGCGGAGAGCUCUCUGCGGGGUUCCCCGGCCCGGGCGGACGCCGAGCCAGAGGGAGACUGAGGAACGCGGGAUUUUAGUUAAAAUGAUGGCAGCUUUUACUCCAAGGAAGAGGAAACAACAUACUCUGAGUGCUGAUGAUGAUGAUAGCCUAUUAACAGAUGUUUCAUCCAGCAAAUUAAGUUUAAGAACUACUGAGAAUCUCUUUCCAUCACCUAAUAAACGUACUUGUCAAAGCAGUGAUCAGAAGGAAGAAAAGUCUUGCUCCUACCAAUGCCAUUUCACUUCAAGUCCAUGCAAAACAACUGAAAAUAGGUUGACAUUUACAAACCACGGCUCACUAUUUAAAUCUUUAUCUGCUGUAUCUUUCUACAAUAAAGAUAAGCACUACCUCAAUCCACUCCAGAGGAAGUUGGUAAGAGAGUAUAGAUCUAUUUGUGUAGCAACUAAAAAUGGGGAUAAGCCUUUUCCCAGUGUGACAGAAAAAAUUCAGAAAAAAACGCUUCGCACCAAGAAGAACAAAAAACCACAGAAGAGUUUAACUGCUAAAUAUCAACCAAAUUAUAAGCACAUCAAUACUAUGUCAAGAAAUGCCAAAAAUGCCAAGCCAAAUCAAGUGAGCUAUAAGCCAGUUGUGGAUAAAGAGAACAGUUGUUUUCCAAAUACUCCUCGAGUCCUAAGCCAGAAAAUAAAACCACAAGUUACACUCCAGGGUGGAGCAGCAUUUUUUGUUAGAAAAAGAAACACUCUUAAAAAAUCAACUCUGGAAGAAAAACCGUUACCAGAGGUGACUGAAGAUGCUGCUCCAGAGGCAGAGCAAGUACCAAAGGCCAUGUUAGUGGAAGAGAAAUGGAAUGUUGAGCUAUUGGAUGCAAGAAGUAAAAAUGAAGAGAAACUAAGAAAGAAUUCCUCAGGUGCAGUAAUUUCUUCAAAGGAAUCUAAACUUGAUAAUCAUAAUUUUCCUUCAGAGAAUUCACUCGGUGAGAGCAAAACAAUUUCUCCUGAGUCUGUCUAUCCCAUCUUCAGUGUUUCUUCAGUGAAUACAAAAAGAUCACCACCUGAAGAGCAGUCUUCUGUGGAAUCUACUGCAUGUACUAACUUAUUGAAACAGACAAAUGUACAGAAAAAUAUUAAUUCCAGAGAUACAAAUAAAGGAGGAAAGGACCAAUUCAUCAUUGAUGCAGGUCAGAAACAUUUUGGGACAACUCUGUGUAAGUCUUGUGGCAUGAUCUAUACUGCUUCCAACCCUGAAGACGAAGUGCAUCAUCUCCAGCAUCACCAUAGAUUUCUGGAGGGAAUUAAGUAUGUGGGCUGGAAAAGAGAACGGGUAGUAGCAGAGUUUUGGGAUGGGAAGAUCGUGUUGGUCCUGCCACAAGAUCCAAGUUAUGCCAUCAAAAAGGUAGAAGAUGUCCAAGAACUUGUGGAUCUGGAAUUGGGCUUCCAGCAAGUUGUUCCCAUGUAUCCAAACAAAACCAAAACUUUCCUCUUUAUUGAUGAAAAGAGAGUAGUUGGAUGUUUAAUUGCGGAACCCAUCAAACAGGCAUUUCGUGUCCUGUCAGAACCAAGUUCCACUAAAGAAUGUUCUAGAGCUUGGCGGUGUUCAGAUGUACCGGAACCUGCAAUCUGUGGGAUAAGUAGAAUCUGGGUCUUCAGACUGAAAAGAAGAAAGCGCAUUGCAAGGCGACUGGUUGACACUGUCAGGAAUUGCUUCAUGUUUGGCUGUUUUCUCAGCACUAAUGAAAUUGCAUUUUCUGACCCAACACCAGAUGGCAAAUUAUUUGCAACCAAGUACUGCAACACCCCUAAUUUCCUUGUAUAUAAUUUUCAUAGCUUAAGCCAAUUGCAAUCAUAAAACUAGUACUGUGUGGAAAACUUCAGCUAGAUAGAAACUAAUAUCAGAAUGAAAAUUAUAAGGUUUGUAUACAUGUACAUUACCAGUUUUGUUUUUAAUAUAUUUGAGAGAUAAAAUUUUUGAGAAUUAUUUGGGAUUCAAAGAAAAAAAGAUCUUUGGAUUAACUCUGAAUUCUUAAUUCUGAAAACUUCGCAGCAAGAUGGCUUCUGCAGAACCUGGGCCAUGUAAGGAACACACAAAUACAGUUUUAGACUAUGAUUGUCUUAUGCUCCAUCAGUAGAGGCAAAUCUAAACAUGGGCAGUGAGAGAUAAUUCCUGAAUUCUUCUGUAGCGUUCUCUCUUUACAAUCAUGUUGUAAAUGAGUACUGUAUUAGCAGAUUCCCUGCCAACAGUAGCAACAGCUAGUGAGCAAUCAGUCAACAGUUAGUGUUACCAUAUUGAUAUUUGAUGGUUUACUAUGUACAAAAUACCUAACCACCACACCCUAAAACUUAUGACAUCUCCAAAUUUUGCUUUUGGAGGGGAUCUUAAGAGCAGAAAGUGACUGAACAGUAAAUCAGUACAGUGGACUUGAAUUACAUGCUAGUACUUGUUGUGACAAGUACAUUGAUAAGUGAUAUAUGGAAACUAGGGUUUCUAUAGAAACUUGGAAUAAAUCUCACUGAAAGUGCCAAUUUUUAUAUUUAAGUUAGUUCAUGCUUUAUGGCCAGUACGCAAGACCUGUCAUUUGAGCAAACCUACUAAAAAUGACCUAUCAGAGAAAGAGUGGGUAGAACUACUGAA